AUGAUUCAAAACAAUGAUGAAGAUGAUCUUCUAGGAAUAGAAUGGGAACAGCAUGAGGGAGAAGAUGAAUAUCAAAAUGAUGAAAAUCAAGAGCAUAAUAAUGAUAUAGAUUUUGAAAUAGAAUAUGACAAUGAAGAUACUUCAGUGUCUUCAUCAUCUUUACCACUCUCUGGUAUAAGUACACCCAGCAAUAGUUUUGAUAGUGGUUUAUUCGAUUCAAAUAACAAUAACAAUAAUAAUAAUAAUAAUAAUAAUAAUAAUAAUAAUAAUAAUAAUAAUAACAAUGAGGAUGAUAAAUCAAUUGAUAUAUUUAUAGAAGUACCAGGUAAGAAAAAGAAGAAGAAAUCAGUACCACAAGAUCCACAGAUAAAGCUUGCAAAAUUAAAAGCUUUAAAUUUACAUAAAUCAGUAUUGUUAUCUUAUUUACUCAGUUUCAAAUGUUGUGUAAAUAGUUUAAAAGAUAUUAAACUUGAAUCAAUAGUUCUAUCAACCAUACCAUCUCAUUUCCUCAAUUUAUUCAAACAACAGAACAACAACAACAAUAAUAAUAAUAAUAAUGAUAAUGAAUAUGACAAUACACAAUUUAUCAAUAAUAUAAAUGAACUAUUGAAUUGGUAUCAUUCAAAUUUGAAAUUAGAUUUCAAUCAAAAGAUACCUUUACCUUCUAUUUUGAAACAAAUCGAUACAAAUAAUAAUAAUUAUAAUAUCAUUGAUGUUGAUUCUUUUGUAUUUAAGAAUAAUAAUAAUAACAAUAUAAAUAAGAGGAAACAAUCAAAGACUGUUGGAUUAACAAGAUAUCUCGUGGAACAGUUUAAAACAGGAGUGUUGUCACCUCACAACUUUUUACAUUUGUUUUAUGUUGUAUGUAGAUCACUUGGAAUCAGAGUUAGAUUGGUUUCAGUAUUAAAGACACCUUUAGCUACACCCGUUACAGCUGCCAAACAGAAAAAGUUAGAGAGUUCAAUUUGUCCAACAAAGAGAUCUUCAUCUCUACCCAACAUAUCAACUAAUAGUAGUAGCAGUAGCAGCAACAGUAGUAAUGGUAAAGAUGGUAAUGGUAAUAGCAGUAAUAGUAGUGGUAAAUCAACACCUACAAAGUCACCAAAAAGAAAGAGAAAUAAUAGUAAGAAGGUAGAGACUAGUGAUAGUGAAGGAGACACUGAAACUGACAGUGAUAGUGGUGAUACUGAUAGUGACAGCGACAGCGAUUUCAAAUCUACGAAAGUUAUACCUGUAACAAAGAGACAACAAGCAUUAGCUCUUAAGAGAUCAUCAACAGAGCCAAUUAGCAAAAAGAAUAACAAGAACAGCUUGAAUAAUAAUAGUGAAGAUGAGAGUGAAGAUGAAAGUGAUAGCGAUAGUGAUAACAAAAAGAAGAAGAAUAAGAAUGAUAAGAAGAAAACAAAAACAACAUCAACAACCAAGAAGAAACAACAAUCAAAAAAGAAUAAUAAUAGUAAGAGUAAUAGUAAAGUAAAGAAUGAGAAGAAGAAAGAAGAAGUCAUUGAGAAAGAGAAGGAUAAAGAGGAAGAGGAGUCAUCACCGAAAAAGAAGCUAAAAGUAGUCGAUGUUAAAAAGCAGGAGGAACUGGUCAUUAAAUUAGAUGAAACAGAUCAUAAUGUUGAAAUUUGGUGUGAAGUAAUGGAUAGUAAUAGUAACGAGUGGAUCACUGUCGAUGUACUAAAUAAAAGAGUGAACAAACCCGGAGUUUUGGAGCCUUUUAAUCAACCGUUUGCAUAUGUUAUUGGCUACAACGAUGAACAUAUCAAAGACUUGACAAACAAGUAUACCAACAAUAUCAUUGCAUCGGUUCUUAGGAGGUUGCCAGCUGGUCCACCAACACAGUGGUGGUUGAACAUCCUCGAACCGUUGAAUACCGACAUCGAUGACCUCGCCAACAAGAACGAAGACAACAAGAUCAUUGAAAUGGAAUCGAAAAUUCAGAAACCACAAAGUCUAUCGUCAUUCAAAUCACAUCCUCUAUUCAUGCUCGACAAGGAUAUACCGAAAUACAGCUCAUUGGAACCCGGUGCCAAACCCAUUGGAAAGUUUAAAGAACAUAGUAUUUAUCAUAAAGCACAUGUUAAGACUUUACAUGUAAUGGAUAAAUGGAUACAAAAUGGAAGAAUGGUGAAGCAUGGAGAACAACCAGUUAAAGUUGUCAAAGCAAAGAAGACUUCUUCACCUACAUCUCAUUUAUUUGGAGAGUGGCAAACUAAACCUUAUGAACCUGCUAUUAUUGUGGAUGGCAUCGUUCCUAUGAAUACGUUUGGAAAUGUCUAUAUGUUCAAGCCCGAUAUGAUACCGUUUGGCGGUGUACAUCUGAAGGAUAAGGGUUUGAUGAGAGUCGCCAGGAAGCUACAUAUAUCGGUUGGUCCUGCUAUUAUUGGUUGGGAGGUGACUGGUUGUCAUCGUCCACACCCUAUCAUCCAGGGUGUAGUAGUUGCCAAGGAGAAUUCAAAGCUGUUGAUCGAAGCUUGGAUAGAGGAUCACCGCAAUCGUGUAAAAGAGAAUGCCAAGAAGAUUCACAAUGAAACACUCGCUCGUUGGAAGAACUUUUACAAAGCAUUGCUAAUUAGAGAGUAUAUUCAGUCGACCUACGGUGGCAAAGAGGAGAUCGAGACAAACACCAACAAACUUGUACAGGCAUCCGAAGAGGUUGAAGAAAAAGAUGUGGAGAAGGCAAAGGUGAAUGAGAAAGAGAAGAAGAAGGCCGAUCGUAAUAAGGAGAGUGAAACAAAGUUAUUGAUGCUGGCAAAGACACUUUUCCAAAAGGAUGGAAAUACUAGUUAUAAUAUCAAUAAAGAUUUGGAUGAAGAAGAAGAAGAGGAGGAGGAAGACGGUGAAGGAACAAAGGUUAAUACUACUCCAAAGAAGAAAGGUGUAAAGAGACAAGCUAAAUCUACAACUACUUCACCAAAGUCGCUAAAGAAAAAGAGUACACCAGUUAAAUCGAAAAAGACAACUCCAAGAAAGACACCACCAAAGAAGAAGGCGAAGCAACCAAGUGAAUCUGAAGAUGAGUCAUUGGAAGAACAGGAAGAAGAAGUGAUACCAUCAGAUGACGACUUUAAACCCAUUGUAAGACCAAAGAGAAUCAUAAAGAAAUCAAUUGAUCUUGAUUUUAAAGAUGCUGAUUCCGAUGAAGACAUCGAAUCUGAAGAGGAAAAAGUGGAAUCAUCAGAUGACGACUAUGUUCCAACAAAGAGUAAAAGAAAACAAUCACCAAAAAAGAAACAAAAGAAAUAA